CCUUCUUUUUCCCAAUUGCAGUCUGUGAGUGAGUGUUUUCUCCCACUCUGCAGCAAACCCUUGUUGCAUUUACUCCCUAAGCUCAGAUCAGCAUUCAUCAACUUGCGUUAAAUGUUAUGCACCCUUCAUACGGUUCAGCACUGGCAUUUCCACUGCGGUAGUAGACUCUUGUACACAUAUGGAAAUCGCGUAAUGGAGUAGUUUAUAGCAGCUGGGUGCAUUUUGGAUAUGAUCGGAUCUUGAGUAGGAACUUAAAGUUGAUGUGAAUUGAAAAAUGGGUCAUUUAAGCUUAUUUUCAUCGCACCGGAAUGCGCGCAAGUGGCAGCUGCUUGAUCUGGUGUUUGCGGCCUUCUUCGCGGCGGUGUUCGUUUUUUUCCUCCUCGUCUUCACGCCGUUGGGUGACUCUCUGGCGGCAUCCGGCCGGCAGGCGCUGCUUUCAGGGGAUUCGCAGCAGCGAAGCCUCCUCGUCGCGCUCGUGGAGUCGGGCAGGGAGAUCGCCCCGAUCCAGUUCUGUCCUGCUGAUUAUGUGGACCAUAUGCCUUGUGAGGACCCCAGAAUUAACAGCCAACUUAGUCGAGAGAUGAAUUACUACCGGGAGCGGCAUUGUCCUUUGCCUCACGAGACACAGAUUUGCUUGAUUCCACCCCCUGAGGGAUACAAAGUUCCUGUCCGGUGGCCGGAGAGUUUGCAUAAGAUAUUUCAUGACAACAUGCCUUACAAUAAAAUAGCUGACAGGAAAGGUCACCAAGGAUGGAUGAAAAGGGAAGGUCCAUAUUUCAUCUUUCCUGGAGGUGGCACAAUGUUCCCAGAUGGGGCAGAGCAGUAUAUUGAGAAACUCAAGCAGUAUAUUCCUUUAGGUGAUGGAGUUUUAAGAACUGCCCUUGAUAUGGGAUGUGGGGUUGCCAGUUUUGGUGGUUAUCUACUUUCCAAAGAGAUGUUGACUGUUUCUUUUGCUCCAAGAGAUUCACACAAAUCACAAAUACAAUUUGCCUUGGAGCGAGGAGUACCUGCACUUGUUGCCAUGCUUGGGACACGCAGGCUCCCAUUUCCUGCUUUCUCAUUUGAUUUGGUGCAUUGUUCUCGGUGUUUGAUUCCUUUCACAGCAUAUAAUGCAACAUACUUUAUUGAAGUUGAUCGGUUACUUCGCCCAGGAGGCUACUUUGUUGUCUCUGGUCCUCCUGUACAAUGGUCUAAACAGGAUAAGGAGUGGGCAGAUCUCCAAGCUGUGGCCAGUUCAUUGUGUUACGAGUUGAUUGUUGUGGAUGGUAACACUGCUGUCUGGAAAAAGCCCAGUGGGGAUUCAUGUCUUCCAAACCAAAAUGAAUUUGGGCUUGAACUGUGUGAUGAAUUCGAUGAACCAAGUGUUGCAUGGUACUUCAAACUUAAAAAAUGUGUGAGCAGGACAUCUUCUGUGAAAGGAGACUAUGCAAUUGGGUCAAUUCCAAAAUGGCCACAGAGGUUGAUAGAAGCUUCUUCAAGGAUCGUUUUAUUAAAAAGUGGAAUCAAUGUUUUUGAAGCAGACAAUAGAAGAUGGACAAGGAGGGUAGCAUAUUACAAAAACUCAUUAAACUUGAAACUGGGAACUCCAACUGUACGAAAUGUCAUGGACAUGAAUGCAUUUUUGGGAGGCUUCGCUGCAGCAAUAAUUUCUGAUCCUGUUUGGGUGAUGAAUGUUGUUCCUGCUCAUAAGCCAUUAACACUUGAUGUCAUUUAUGAUAGAGGACUCAUUGGGGUUUACCAUGAUUGGUGUGAGCCUUUCUCAACAUAUCCUCGGACCUAUGAUCUAAUUCAUGUAGCUGCUAUUGAAUCUCUUACAAAGGAUCCUAGUUCCGGCAAGAGUAGGUGUAACCUUGUGGAUUUGAUGGUGGAAAUUGAUAGAAUGUUAAGGCCAGAAGGGAGUGUUGUAAUUCGAGAUUCACCUGAAGUGAUUGACAGAACCGAACGAAUUGCUCAUGCUGUAAGAUGGACAACAAGCAUCUACGAGAAAGAGCCUGGUUCAAAUGGGAGGGAGAAAAUCCUGGUAGCAACAAAGAAACUUUGGAACCUAUCUUCAACCUCCUCCCACUGAUGGAAGCUUUCCUGUUUGUUUACUAUAUAAAUCCAAGUGUUGGCACACGUAUAGAUGACGCUGCAUGCACUUUGUACAACUGUGUUGUUUCCUAAGUUUGGUAAAUGGGGUUGCUGUAAUAGAAUGGAAGGGGAGUGUACAUAUAUGGAAGUUCCUUAGCAUCUGAAAAGGAAUGACAUGACUGUACUAUAAGCUAGUAAGCUUGACCACUUAUUUAUUGUACACCAUAAUCAUCAAUUCAUCAUUAAUUUCUUCGAAGCA